AUGUCCACGUCUGAACCGCGGAAACUCCUCGCGCCGGCGAGCCAGCGUAAGAAGACGGUAGAGGCCUGUAAUCCGUGUCGUGCGCGCAAGUCCAAGUGCGACGGGGCGCUUCCUUGCAAAUCAUGCAUUCGCGGCAAUCAUCACUGCUAUUACGACUCAUCGACAUCUACGGAUAGGUUAACUGGUUUGCAUAGAGAGUUUGACGAGUUCAACAAGAGGCUACUCGAACUUGAACGCAUUGUGUUCAGCGCACUUCCCUCCAGCGUAUCAACCUCACCCUGGGUUGGCGAGGAGAAUCUGGUCAUUAGCGACAGUCAACGAAAAAAACCCACCAUUACCAUCCCUGAUGCGGCUGGGUCGUUGAGUUUCGACGGCUCAACGCAGAUACAUCAGGCUGAAAUUCAAUUCGACGCCGUCACGACUCUCAACACCUCCACUGGCUCGGUGGAGUUUUACGGCAGCACGUCCAUCCUGGCCCUCGCGCGGAGUUUGGACAACAGACUCAGGGAAUUCGAGGGGGAGCACCGCGGGUUCCAAACCCUGCUCAAGAAGUCCCGCACCACGACCAGGGGCCUAGAGGUCGACCUCGAGGGCCUCUUCGAGCAUAACGACUUCGUUCCCGCCGCCUGGCAGCCGGGUAACCGGUGGCAACUAAGGAAAGAUGUGGCGGAUGGCCACGUCCAGAGCUUUUUUAACACCAUCCACGAUUACUUGCCCGUUCUUGACGUCGACGUUUUCAUGGCGGCGUAUCGGCAAUUCUGGACCGCCCCGCCAGCGGAUGUAGAAUGUGUGGCUGCCCGACAGGCCGAAUGCCUGAUCUACUCCGUCCUAGCCAUGGGAGCGUUGUAUUCUGACUCGGGCUCGGACAAUGCCGAGUCGGCGGCGAGCUAUUUCUCCAGAGCGCAGGAUCUGCUGGGAAGGCUCUUUGACGCUGUUAGCGUUGAGACAGUGCAGGCCGCGCUGUUCAUAGGCUGCUAUGCUCAGCACGCAAUAAAACCGAAUUUAGCUUAUAACUAUAUUGGCCUCGCUAUCCGAUUCGCCUACUCGAUCGGUCUUCAUAGAUGUCGCCAACAAGUCUCCGGGAGCCACGCCCACGCCCAAGCGGGUUUGAGGAGCUGGUGGAUGCUCUACGGCGUCGAGGCCGAGCAGUGCCUGGACUCGGGGCGACCGACAUCAAUACAAGAAGCGGAUGCGAAAGCUCCAUUCCCGAGAGAUCCUCCAGAUUUUUCUACCGGCGUCAGUCGGGUCACCUUCAUCACUGUCAUGGCAAAAUUUAGCACCAUCAUGCGAAAAGUUAUCAACCUAGUUUCAUCCAUCGGUGAUAAUCCCGGCACACAAGGGUUUGAAGGACGGCUCAUGAACCUACAUGUCGAGCUGAGUGCCUGGCGGGAGGCUCUCCCGCUACACCUCAAGUUCGGCCGGGACUUGGGGCGCUACAACGAACACGCCUGGGUGGCGACGAAAUGGGUGAAACGCCAACGCCAAAGUGUGGAAGUUCACUUCAACCACCUCAUGACUUUCUUGCAUCGGCCCUUGUUCCGCAAAUUUUCCACCGUGUCGUCUCCUCGUUCCUCCAACAUGUCUGUCCCCAUCUGCCUGGGCGCAGCUCAGGACAACGUCAUGCUCAUUCAUCACGUUCUCACCGAGGACACGAGCAUGCAGCGUUGGGCGUAUUAUUGUUACUACUGCCUGUCGGCGACGCUCUUCCUGCUCAUGCGCAUCUGCGAGUGCCCGGAGCACGAAGCCGACGGUUACCUUCAGGUCUGCUACCGCAGCAUCGAGGUAUUCGAGGCUAUAGAUUCGGAGCCGUCGAGGAAAUGCGUACCGCUCGUUAAAGCCGUGCUCGCGAGACUGGGCCACGCGCUAGACCCGGGUAUUAGAUUGUCGAAUUCUGCGCCUAACAGAACGCCCAUGAGCCGGCAACCGCCUCCCCCUCAGGAUCGAGGGAUCACCGAGAAGUGCGAAGUUGAUGCUCGGUAUUUUGGCCUUCCAGCAGACCUCUCUUUGUCUUCUGAAAUAUUUGGUGACGCGUUCAAGGAUCAAUCCGCUGAGGAUGUCCUGAAAUUAUCUACGAGGGUGUCUGGAGACGAGUUAUUUAGUGCCGAUCUCGGUACGCUUUUUAACACCGACUCCUUUUAG